UCAAAGCAUCCAUACCUUCACCAAGCAAGCCAUGAAGAUUGCUCACCUCUUCUUGGUCGCUGUGUCUUUGCUGCUCCUGGCUUCUUCAGGAUUUGCCCUCAAAGCAUGGAGCAGACGGGCGUGUUAUCAGGCCAAUGGAUCUUGCACGUUUUUCAAAUGUUCCUAUCCCUUGGUGAAAUAUGGAAGAUGUGGCCUUCUGAAGGUUUGCUGUGUCAGAAUACGCGACAGGGAGAACCUGGAUGCCCACCAGAUCACCUGGGAUCCUUUGAAACAAGAGAGCAGCCGCUGAACAUCAAUAGAUGUUGGAUUCUGUGGCAUUGUCUGCUUUUGAAAAUCUGCAUCCAGCAACUUCAACCAGUCCACCUCUGAAGCUUACAUGUUAGCAAAGAAAACAAACCCAUACAUGUUUCACUGUGAUAUCCAUCCUCACUUUUGCCUUUCAAUUAAAGCAUACUUUGGAAGUAAAAA